UAUGCGUCAAUUCAGCUGCAAGGGCGCAAAUAUAAAAAGGGCCUUGGGCUCUCCUCCAUCAACUCAGGCACUCCCUGCGCUGCCCGGCGAAUCAAAUCGGCCGAUCCUAUUUGACCCUUCAAGGGACACGGCCGGAGGGAGAGUUUGGCGGAGCUGGGUAAGUUGGCUCAAAUGAUGGGAUUUUGUAUCUGUCCGUUGGAGACUCCGGCGAUGUUGCUCUGGAGUACUAGCUUCUUCCGUCACAAGCUCAUGAUCUUCUAAAAUCAAAAGUACCAAACCGUAGACGUAUUCAUACAAGUUCUUAAGCUCUAUUUAAGAGUUUUCACUUGACCGGAAUAAUCUAUCUACAUAUAUUACUUCAUAUAUCGACGGUCACCCACAUCGCCGGAGAGAUCCGACAGACUGAAGUAUGAAUUCCAGCCAUAUUAUCUUCGACCCAUCGUGGCAAGGUAGCAUGGUGUUCCUCGGAGAUGGUGGUAACGUUUUUCGAGGAGGAAGAUCAGUGAUGAAUAUGGAGGAAACCUCAAAGAGGAGACCUUUUUUCAGCUCGCCGGACGAACUGUUUGACGAAGAAUAUUACGAUGAACAGUUGCCGGAAAAGAAGCGUCGUCUAACUCAUGAGCAGUUCAAAAACACUAUUAGUCAGAAUUGGUUGGUAUAUUAAGGUGCACAUGCUGGAGAAGAGCUUUGAGGAAGAUAACAAAUUGGAGCCGGAGCGCAAGACCCAGCUGGCCAAGAAGCUUGGUCUGCAACAAAGACAAGUGGCUGUGUGGUUCCAGAACCGCCGUGCGCGGUGGAAGACUAAACAGCUUGAAAGGGAUUAUGAUCAACUUAAAUGCUCCUAUGAUUCCCUUGCAUCAGACUACGACAACAUUCUCAAAGAGAACCAAAAGCUCAAAUCUGAGGUUGUUUCCUUGACUGAGAAGUUGCAAGCAAAAGAAGACCCGCUUCCGGUGGAUGCAGCCCAUGUUCCAGCCAUGCAGUUCACCAUGAAGGUCGAGGAUCGGCUUAGCAUGGACAGCGGAGAAAGCGCAGUGGUGGACGAGAAUGGUCCACAGCUUGUGGACGGUUGUGAUUCAUACCUCCCUAGUGAAUACUACCCUGGAUGUGUUGCAACACCACUUGAAGGGAUCCAAUCAGAAGACGAUGAUGGUAGUGAUGAUGGCCGGAGUUACUUCUCCAAUGCAUUUGUUGCAACGGAAGAGCAACACCGUGGGGAAGGAGAGACACUGGGCUGGUGGGUCUGGUCUUAAAUUAGUAACCUGAAUUUUAUUGUGUCAAAUAUGGCUCACUGUCUUAAGAGUCCCCUUUGUAAUUCCUAUUUACUAUUGUCUCUCUCUCUCUAAACUAAAAAUCUCAUAAUGGUCCUGGUACGUUUCUUGGCAAUUAAUAUGGAAACCGAAUAAGGGUGGUAAAUGGUCUGUCAGAAUGGUCCUGUUGAUGGGCAAUGUUGGUGUAUAAAUUGCAGUGUUUUGGUCGACUAUUUCACCUGGGCAUUAUUCAUGUGUAAGACAGUCUCUCCCCAGAUUGCGCAUAUUUAACUCUUUUUAAAUUGCAAUGACAAAAAUCUCAAAUAUUGGGUACUAUUAUACAUGUGUAAUACAUACAAUAAUUCUAAAUAGUAGUGU